UAUCGAGUAUCGUAGCGGCAGACGUCGCAGGACUCGCAGGGCAGGUGAUCGCACUGAUCGCGGGCGGGCCGCGGGGCGAUCGUGAUUCGGCCUUCGCAUAGUUCGCAUAGUUGGACAGUUCGCAUCGUUAUUCAUUCGCAUAGAUAAGUAGGCGAUAGGCUACGAUCUACGAUCGCCACGACAGGUGAAAAUAGGUGGGAUUGGGAUAAGGCGGAUAAGGCAUCGGGAAUCGGAAAUCGGAAAUUGGAAAAUCCGAUAGUGACUGAGGAGUGAGUGGAGUGACAGUAGUGAGACGGUCAGUGGCGGUAAAAAUUGCUGAAAUUUCGUUUGUCACGCGUCAGAGAUCAAUAACGGUAGCUUAAGUUGUAACGUAGCGAAUAGCGAUUUAAGCGAUUUCAAAGUUCAUACGCUGGACGAAUCGAACAUCGGACUCGGACGGGAUCGGGAUCGGGCGAGAUAAUUAAUCUAAUAAUUUUCGUGCGACGCGUUUUGUUCGUUACGUUCAUCAACCAAGGUUAUUCUUGCAGCCAUAUGUAUGUAUAUAUACUCCCCUUGUCCCCUUGCACGGUGAACAAGUUUCCUUUCUUUCAUGUUAUUCUCGCAAAUCGGAUCAUUGCUAAAUGAAAUCGACGUACACCGUACACAUGUGUCUGUAAAAUAAAGAGCCAUUGAGCGAGAGAAACUCGGUUUUUGAAAAAAGCUACCGGGCUACGAUCGUGUGGCAUGGUGGCAGUUGGCAGGUCGCUAAUGUUGUGACAGUCAGAACCUAACCUGUUGACCUGUUGACCCGUCGAAAGUUCGGAAGCGUUUCCCGCGGGGAAAGCGAGGAAAGCUUGGCACAAGUGUACAUACAAGGAUCAAGGGUGUAUAAGGGUGGACAUAUAUUGUCGGUUGCUCAUCGACGAAAAUGAGCUCGCACCAUCAUCUGACGUCGUCGUCUGGCGAAAUUAAUCACAUUCACGUUCUCUCCGAAGACAUGGGAUCGGUUUAUCUCUCUGAGGAAUAUGCCGAUGUGACCAUAGUAGUGGCGGGUCAAAAGUUCCGUAGUCACAAGCUUAUUCUUGCCGCGCGUAGCGAGUACUUCCGAGCUCUGUUGUUCGGCGGCAUGAAGGAGUCCAUGCAAAGUGAAAUAGAGCUCAACGCUUCCUCGUUGCCUGCGUUCAAAGGCUUGCUCAAGUACAUCUAUACCGGACGCAUGUCGCUUACUAACGAGCGAGAUGAGGUCAUUCUCGAUAUCCUUGCAUUGGCGCAUUUAUAUGGAUUUAUGGACUUGGAAGCAGCUAUAUCUGAUUAUCUCAGAGAGAUAUUGAGCAUAAAGAAUGUAUGUUCAAUCCUGGAUACCGCAUUUUUAUACCACUUGGAGUUUCUGACUAACGUUUGCUUUGAAUAUAUGGACAUACAUGCAUCCGAAGUCAUACAACAUGAGAGUUUUCAACAGUUGAGCUCAUCCGCUCUAACUGAAUUGAUAUCCAGAGAUUCCUUCUGUGCGCCAGAAACAGAAAUUUUUUCAGGUGUACGAUCAUGGGUCAAUGCCAAUUCCGAUGUUAAUCCAACCCAAGUGCUAGCUCAAUUAAGAUUGAGUCUAAUUCCGUUAUCGGAUCUUCUGAGCACCGUAAGAUCAUCUCAGUUAGUAUCGGCAGACGCUCUGUUGGAUGCGAUCGACGUACAGACGCACACGCCCGACUCAAAACUUCCCUAUCGUGGCCAUUUGCUCAUCGACGAAAAUGUUGCGCAUCCGUCUCACGGUGCUCAAGUGUUACAAGGAGAAAUGCGUAGCUUCCUACUUAAUGGUGAUACACACAACUAUGAUAUGGAACGCGGUUACACUAGGCACACUAUAUCUGAUACGGAAGAGCAUGGGAUUCUUAUUAAAUUAGGAUCUCAGUAUAUUAUAAAUCAUAUAAAAAUGUUACUAUGGGAUCUUGAUUUGCGAUCUUAUUCUUAUUAUAUAGAGGGAUCUAUGAAUCAAAAGGAUUGGGUCAUGCUUGUCAAUCAUAAACAUUAUUCUUGUCGCAGCUGGCAGUUUUUAUAUUUCGAGCCAAGGGUAGUACUUUAUAUUCGUAUUGUAGGAACAAAUAAUACAGUAAAUAAGGUUUUUCAUGUUGUCAAUUUUGAAGCAUACUACAUGAAUCAUGCAGUGAAGCUUUCACAAGGCUUGAUUGUACCCACAAAAAAUAUUGCCACUACCGAGCGAAGUGCGUGCGUUAUUGAAGGUGUGAGUAGGUCACGUAAUAAUUUAUUGAAUGGAGACACAUCCACUUACGAUUGGGACAGUGGUUAUACGUGCCAUCAACUCGGCUCUGGAUCUAUUCUAGUGCAAUUAGGCCAGCCGUAUAUGAUAGAAUCCAUGCGAUUACUACUUUGGGAUUGCGACAAUCGCUCCUACUCAUAUUACAUAGAAGUAUCGGGCAAUGCCUGGAGUUGGGUAUUGGUCGCUGAUAAAACUAAGGAAGCUUGUCGGUCUUGGCAGACGAUACACUUUUAUCCGCCCCGUCCGGUAGUUUUUAUAAAAAUAGUGGGCACUCACAAUACUGCAAAUGAGGUGUUUCACUGCGUUCAUUUUGAAUGCCCAGCGCCAGUAGAUGACAAAUGUUCAAAAUCGCCAACGCAAGAAGGACAAACGUCAACGUCAUUAGAUAGUAAUACGUCCUUAUCUUCUCCACCUCCACCACCAUCACCACCUCCUCCUCCUCCUCUUCCUCCUCCUCCUCCUCUUCCCGAGGUAGCUACGGAAGCAGUUCAUAUCGAUAGUGAUGAAUCGUAACUCGAAAAGUAAAACUGUCUGCAUAUGAUGAUGAAACACGAGUGACAGCUCUGUCGAUCAUCCUGUAGUUGCUGCUCUUGUUUGGCGAUCUAGAUGAAUUUGACCGAUUCGUCAAGUGACCUCAAUGCAACUUUCAAGACUGUUCAAUAAUAAUCAUUCAAUAUAAGAUUGUAAUUAGUCAUCUCGUUUUCUCGUUUACGAAUUCUACUUUUAUCAUGCCGAUUACUUUAAGUAUAAGUGAUACACGCAGCGGCUGCCAAUUUUAAUCAACAGUAUAGCACGUAGCUACUUUUUUUAAACACAAAUGUUUGUAAUACGCGAUGAAGAUUUAUUUUAGUAUUUAUUUUCACUUUCUAGUUUGGUAUAUAUAAAGAAUCUUAUUUUUGUACGACCACCAAAUGAUUAAUGUAUCUAAAAGCGCAUUACUAUUUAACAUAAUACGUAUCCCUUUUUUUUUAUAUGUAAAAUUUUUGGUAUUACAUAAAUCAUAUAAUUGGUUUUUUGCUUUUUAAAUGCUUUAAUUAUCAGUUACUACGAAGAUCAUAAAGUAUGCCACAUAAAU